AUGUUUGAUCGGAAUCCGUUAGUUACACAUGCUCUCAAGAGCGUGGGUUUCACCCACUCCUUAUUCGGAGGUGUAACGUCGAGAGACCAAAAAAACGAGAAAUUGGCUUGUACACAUGUUCGGUUACCUCGUAAUGUGAUCGAGCAUGAGAUCCAU